ACCCAAGUUGGGAGAUUUGCGUUUCCUACUUGGCGUCUAAGUUGCAGCAAUAAAUCCGACCGAGAAGAGAAACAUGUUGAAAAGGCGGUUAGUUUGUGAUACCCACUCUUUGAUUGCCACGUAGCAUACGAACGAAAGAAACAUGGAUAUCAAAAAAAAAAACAACGACAACAACAUAAGGAAGCACCGAACAGACAACUCAAAAACAACUACAAACUCGGAAACUAGGACAGCGUUUCCUUUCAGGGUGUGGAGGGUGUGGGCAUGAGAGUGCCGAACGUUGAUCUUUUCGAUCCGCGAACGAUUAUGGACUCGGACUUCUCACCGGGCGAAGCAUCUGGGUCGGGUUCUGGAGACUCGGACUUCGGGUUUGCUUUCAACGACAGUAAUUUCUCCGAUCGGGUCUUGAGGAUCGAGAUCAUGCCUGAUUUGCGCGAGACUAAAGCCGACGGUGACGGUUGCUCCUCCAUAGCUGAUUGGGCCCGUAAUAGAAAGAGGCGGAGGGAAGAUAUCAAGAAAGAAAAUGGUGCAGAUGUUGUUGGACAACGUGAGGAGCAAACUUUAAAUUGUAACAUGCCAGACACGGAGGAUGGUGUGACAUAUGAAAAUCAAGAUGAAGAGGCUGUGGCAAUGAUUGAAGGGUCCCCUACCGAUGUUGGAUUGAAUUCCAAUCAAAUUGGGAAUGAUGCCACUCCUAGCAAUGAUUCAUCUUGGAACAUGGAUUGUUCAUCAGUUCUUAGAGUCAAGACCAUACAUAUUAGUUCUCCAAUUUUAGCAGCAAAAAGUCCAUUUUUUUAUAAGUUGUUUUCUAAUGGAAUGAGGGAGUCAGAGCAGCGACAUGUGACACUCCGGAUACAUGCUUCUGAAGAAACAGCUCUCAUGGACCUGCUUAGUUUUAUGUAUAGCAACACCCUAUCAACAACCAUACCUACGGCCUUGCUAGAUGUGUUGAUGGCUGCUGAUAAAUUUGAGGUUGCGUCUUGCAUGAGAUAUUGUAGUCGAUUGUUGCGGAACCUGCCUAUGACCUGCGAAUCUGCCUUACUGUAUUUGGACCUUCCUUCUAGUGUUUUACUGGCAGAAGCUGUACAGCCACUGACAGAUGCAGCAAAGCAGUUUCUUGCUGACAGAUACAAGGAUGUGACCAAGUUCCAGGAGGAGGUACUCAAUUUGCCUCUUGCAGGUAUAGAGGCAGUAUUUUCCAGUGAUGAUCUCCAGGUAGCUUCAGAGGAUGCUGUUUAUGACUCUGUGCUGAAGUGGGCUCGGACUCAUUACCCAAAACUGGAGGAACGACGUGAUGUUCUUGCUACACGCCUUGGUCGCCUAAUUCGUUUUCCAUAUAUGACUUGCAGAAAGUUGAAAAAGGUUUUAACCUGCAAUGACUUUGAUCCGGAACUGGCAUCCAAGGUUGUGCUUGAGGCUCUUUUUUUCAAGGCUGAGACACCAUACCGACAACGCGCUCAUGCAGCAGAGGAAGCCAAUGCCCCUUAUCGUCGCUUUGUGGAGCGGGCCUACAAGUACCGUCCAGUCAAGGUUGUAGAGUUUGAAAUGCCGCGGCAGCAGUGUGUUGUGUACCUGGACCUGAAGCGUGAGGAGUGUGUGCAUCUGUUUCCUGCUGGUAGGGUUUAUUCACAGGCGUUUCACCUAGGCGGGCAAGGAUUUUUCUUGUCUGCUCAUUGCAACAUGGACCAGCAAAGCUCCUUUCACUGCUUUGGGCUGUUUUUGGGAAUGCAGGAGAAGGGAUCUGUUACUUUUGCUGUUGACUAUGAGUUUGCAGCAAGGUCAAAGCCAACUGAGGAUUAUGUAAGUAAGUAUAAAGGGAACUACACUUUCACAGGAGGAAAGGCUGUUGGCUACCGCAACCUGUUUGGUAUCCCAUGGACAGCAUUCAUGGCCGAUGAUAGCAUUUAUUUUAUAAAUGGCAUCCUGCAUCUCAGGGCUGAACUCACCAUUAGACAGUGA